CAUGAAGCCGGAUAAAUUGGAUCUGGAGAUUAAUGAAGACGAGGACGAUGCCGCCCCCGAAAUGGAUGAUAUCAUAGCAGAAAACUGCCAUCUGGACGAUCUGUACACCCGAUACCGGCAACGAUUGCGAAAGUCGUUAUUCAUCUCUGGACUGGGAAUAUCGAUACUCUCCUGCCUGGUAUCAAUCGUGCUGUGCCAGCUGCAAAAAGCGAUAGUGGCCGAUCUGACGAUGCUCACCUUCGCGUCCCUGGUGCUGUGUGGGAUUCUGGUGGCGCUGCAUUUUCCGCUGGUGAUGAACUCACCCUUCGCUGCUCUCGGAUUCGCCAUAUUAACCACCGGAACAAUUGCAACCAUUGCAAUCGCAGUCGGUGCUCAGCUGGCGCCACUUCCCCUGUUUGCACUCAUUUUGGGUGUCCACACGAUGCUGCCCAUUUCCUGGCCGGUGUCGGUGGUGCUGGCAGUAAUUCUGUGCCUGGUGCACAUAAGCUUCCGACUUUGGACGGGAGUGCAUGACCUGCCGACCUACUUCUUUCCCCAGCUGCUAGCGGAAAUGAUAUUCCUAGCGUCGGCAUCCGUCCUGGGCCUGUACUACCGCAUCAUGUCCGACUCAGCCCACAUCGAUGCCGUCGACGGCACUCGGACCGGAAUCGAGCAGCGGGUCCGACUGGAAUGCGAACGAGAACAGCAGGAGCAGCUGCUGCUGAGCGUAAUUCCGGCCUACAUUGCAGCCGAGGUGAAACGCAGCAUCAUGCUGAAAAUGGCCGACGCUUGUCAGACGGCCGGUGGCCAGAGCGGCCAGACACGGUUCCACGAGAUGCACGUCCAACGCCACAACAACGUGUCCAUCCUGUAUGCGGACAUCGUAAACUUCACACCCCUCUCGGAGCAGCUGACCGCAUCCGAUCUGGUCAAAACACUCAACGAGCUGUUCGGUCGAUUCGACCAAAUUGCACAGGAAAACCAGUGUCUGCGAAUCAAGAUUCUCGGUGAUUGCUACUACUGCGUGUCGGGACUUCCGGUAUCACGGCCUCAUCAUGCCGCCAACUGUGUCAACAUGGGGUUGCAAAUGAUAGACGCUAUACGAUUUGUCCGCGAAGCGACAGGAUUCAACGUUGACAUGCGGAUAGGAAUCCACACGGGCAAUGUGCUGUGCGGUGUGCUGGGGCUACGUAAAUGGCAAUUCGACGUGUGGAGUGACGAUGUAACCUUGGCAAAUCACAUGGAAAGUGGAGGCGUUGCCGGACGUGUUCACAUCACGAAAGCAACACUAGACUAUCUGGGCGAUAAAUUCGAAGUAGAACCGGGCGGAGGAGCCAGCCGAGAAUCGUACCUGGCGGAUCACAAAAUUGAAACAUAUCUCAUCGUACCUCCGAAGAAGACGACAAACGACCUUCCAAAGCCAUCGCCCAUCUCGAACACACACACUCCGUCGCCGACCGCUACCACCACCAUCCAAAUCAACGAGCCAGAUUCCCUGGACACCGUUUCGCUGGGCGAACCACCGAAAACACCAAAAACGCCACGAACGCCCAAAACUCCGGAGGACCUGCGGCGGUCCCACGCAUCCAUUCCCGAGGAGCAAGAACAAUUGCUGCCCCCGCCCACUCCGCACACCAUAGUUCCCAGCAUCCCGGGAAGCCCGUUGCCGCCCCCUUCGCCCUCGCCGCUAAUCAAACAAGCCAGCAUUACCAUCACCACCGAGACAAUCAACGAGGAAACGACUGAAAACGGUGACGAAGGGGAGCAACAGGAACCAAGCAAAAAAUCCUGCCUCACACUGCCGGUGGAGCCUAUCACCACCAACGGACAUCUGCCUGAGCGGGUCGGCAGCCGGAAACUGUCGGUGCAAGGCCUGAUUGCGUUUGCCGAGCGGCGAAAAUCGACCAGCUCAAUAUUCGGCGAUAUGCGUAAAAUGUCCAUCACCAACAUCGACUGCCUCCGGUCGCCGAUGGUUGCCACCCCGGGGCCACUGAUGCGCAACCGACCGUCCACUAAGAUGACCAAAUACGUGGAAUGCUGGGGAGCGGAUAAACCGUUCGCGAACAUAACAGACUCGAAAAUGGCGCGAAACAUCGGAUUAGCGAGCAUCGCCAUGAUCGAAUCCAACAUUCUGCCGGAGGAUAACCAUUUUAGCGAGUGCCAGUGCUGGGGACCGCCAAACAAGCUGCAACCGGUAACCAUGAGAUAUCGGAACAGCGCCAGAGAAACCAUGUUCCGCGCACAGCCGGACCCGAACUUUAGGUUUGAUCUCUUCUGUUCGUUUAUCCUGUUUUUAACGAUUGGACUGAUACAAAUAGUAGUAUUUAAAAGCAAUGUAGUCGUCAUUGGUUCACUCAGUGCAACAACCGUAGCGUUAGGUCUAUUUUUAUAUCUUAGCAACUAUCAGAUGUCUGAUCUGUCACCACCGGGCAACAACGGCCCUGGACAGGUCAUUGCCGCCAGCCGGACUUUACGGAUAGCAAUAUUUUUUAUUUCAACAGCGCUUAUAGCAGCUUGUGCCAUAUUUAGUGUGAUAAAUUUUGACGAUCUGGUGAUAGCGGAUGUGCAUCUUGUAAACAACACUACCGAAACGGUAACCUUUGAGGUGGAGUAUGCCCCAGUAGCGCCCGUUUACAUAUACAUGAGCGCAAUCAGUUUGGCGACUGUGUCUGCCUUCCUCAAGCAAGGAUUCAUCAUCAAGCUGCUACUGAUGCUUCUCUUUGGCGGGGUUCAAUGUUCACUACUGUGGCAGAGUUCACUCUUCCAGACGUAUCAGAUACUGUACAGCUCAUGGCCUCUAGCAUUUCAGGGAGCGCUGUUCCUGUUGCUGAUAGCGUCCGUCCUGCACACUUUGGACCGGCAGGGUGAGUACGUGUCGCGAACCGAUUUUCUCUGGAAAGCCAAGCUAAAGGUCGAACAAGAGGAGGUGGAAACAAUGCGAGGGAUCAAUAAGAUUCUGCUGGAAAAUAUUUUGCCUGCCCACGUUGCCCAGCAUUUUCUGAAAAAGGAACGCGCCAUUCAGGAGCUGUACCACGAGAGCUACUCUUCAGUGGCAGUAAUGUUCGCUUCCAUUCCCAACUACAAGGAAUUCUACGACGAAACCGACGUCAAUAAGCAAGGCCUCGAGUGCUUACGGCUGCUCAACGAGAUCAUAUGCGAUUUCGACAAGCUUCUGCUAAAGCCUAAGUUUAGCGGCAUUGAAAAAAUCAAAACCAUCGGUAGUACGUACAUGAUUGCGUCCGGACUGCGGCCAGGCAAGGAGGAAGGAGCAACGAAAAACAAUGAACUGGACGACAAGCGGACCGAGGAACACAACGUGGUUACGCUGGUGGAUUUCGCCAUCGCACUCAUGACAGCCCUGGACCAGAUUAACCGCGAGUCAUUCCAACGGUUCCGGUUGCGAAUUGGACUGAACCACGGACCGGUGAUAGCCGGUGUAAUCGGAGCUCAAAAACCGCAGUACGACAUCUGGAGCAACACGGUUAAUGUGGCAUCCCGGAUGGACUCCUGCGGCGUUAUGGGACGGGUGCAGGUAACGGAAAAUACCGCAAAAGUGCUGAUGGCCGCCGGAUACUCCUGCGAGUGUCGUGGUCCCAUUCCAGUCAAAGGAAAAGGUAUUCUUACAACUUACUUUGUGAGAACACCAUUCGACGAACGAAUAUAAAGCAAGCUACUGCCGUCGACAGGAGGUAGUAGGAUAUAUGUCGUACUAUC